AUGGCGGUUUCUCGUGAGACGGAUGACGUGGGACGGGUCUACGAAGUGGAUAUCACGUAUCCACAAAAUCUGCACGACGUACACAAUGAUAUGCCAUUUCUACCGCACUCCGGCAUACCGAAAAAUUCUUCUGUUCAAAAACUAUUGGCUACAUUUGAGCAUAAAGAACGUUACGUCGUUCAUUAUUUAAAUUUAAAACAAGCCAUUGCCAACGGCCUGAUCGUCGAUAAGGUGCAUAGAGUGCUGGAAUUUCGUCAAUCCCCGUGGUUGGCACCAUACACCACACUCAACACAGAGAUGCGACAACGGGCGACAAACAAGUUCGAAGAACAAUUUUUUAAAGAUAUGGUCAAUUCCGUCUUCGGUAAAACUAUGGAGUCUAUGAGGAAGCGUAUUAAGAUGGAGUUGGUAUCAUGUCCAAUCAGAAUGCAAAAGCUUAUUAAUCGCCCGACCUUUAAAUUAUGCACUACUUAUAGUGAAAAUCUUGCAGCCGUUUCUAUGCAUAAUAAAGUAAUAGAUUUCUGUAAACCUAUUUAUAUCGGAUUUUCAGUACUCGAGCUUAGCAAGACGGUGAUGUACGAUUAUCACUAUAAUGUCAUGAAACGACAUUACGGGGAUAAAAUCAGCUUGUUGUACACCGAUACUGAUUCUCUGCUAUAUCACGUGACGACAGAGGAUUUUUAUGACGAUUUGGCGAACAAACCGAACUUGUUGUCUCGUAUGGAUACCUCCAAUUUACCGACGAAUCACAGGUGCUUCUCGUCGGCACGUAAGAGAAUUCCCGGGCUGUUCAAAGAUGAGACCAAGGGGCGUACCAUGUAUGAGUUUGUAGCACUUCGUGCUAAAUCAUACGCAUACGACAUCGAACGCACCGUUGAAAUCCGCGCCAAGGGAAUUCGCGCUCACGUUCUCAGAAAUCACCUGACUUUCGAGGACCACAAGCGUUGCUUAUUCGAACACGAUGACGAGGGCGACACAACCGGAGAUGAGGAGGAUCUUAACGUGGAAAACGUCUCAAUCCGAUCGUUCAAGCAUCGAGUUAAAACUAUUAAAACGAUGAAAUUGGCCUUGAAUCGAUCGGACGAUAAGCGUCACGUUCUCUCUGACAAUGUGCAUACGCUUGCGCACGGACAUUAUAAAAUUAUAAAUUAA